GUGACGUAAUAGUACCUAUUGUCUAAAUCUAAGCAGUUGCAAAUUGCAAUACUCAUUUCUCUCUUGCCCCUUCUUCUCUUGCCCACACACAAUUUACUGCUAUCUCUCUCUCUUUCUCUCUUACCGGAUGAUUCACACUUCCAUCUUCAUGUUCGCUUUUAAACUUUGAAGCUUGCAACUUUUACUCAUUCCUUUGGGUGAAGAUUGUAAGAUGGAAUUAGAAGAAGAAAGUGAAACCCGGCAAUGGGAUGAGUUAAUUCCAGAUGCAUUAGGGCUAAUUUUUAAAAAGCUUCCAUUAGAAGACAUAUUAACAGUAAUUCCUAGAGUGUGCAAGGCAUGGGGGAAAGCAGUUCAAGGUCCUUAUUGUUGGCAAGAGAUCGACAUUGAUGAUGAAUGGAGUAUUGAUUGUGCAUCCGAAAAGCUUGACCGCAUGCUCCGAUUAUUGAUUACCCGGAGCUCUGGUUCACUUCGUAAGCUCCGUGUUUCUUGUGUCAAUAAUGAUGAUACUUUCGCUUUCAUUGCUGAAAAUGCGGGCUCCCUUCAGCGUUUAGUACUUCAGAGAAGCGAAAUCAGUGAUUCGAUAGUAGAAAAGUUAGCUGGGAAGUUCUCUAGGAUCACAUCAUUAGACCUGAGCUACUGUUGCCGUAUUAGCACUCGUGGCUUAGAAGCCAUCGGAAAAAACUGUAAGCUUCUGUCUUCCCUGAGCUGGAACAUGCACCCUUUAGGUUCCGCUUUCAAGACUUCCCAUUCUGAUGAAGCUCAUGCUAUCGCCCGAACAAUGCCGAAGCUUAAGCAACUUGAGCUUGCUUACCUUCGAAUCAACUUAGAAAGUGUCCUUGACAUCCUUUCGGGAUGUCCCAACCUCGAAUUCUUGGACUUGAGAGGGUGUUGGGAUGUUCAUCUUGAUAAAAAGCUCCUUGAAAAGCGGCACCCGAAGUUGGAGAUCCUCGGGCCUCAAGUAGUCAUGGGCAUGUUUGAAAAGACCGCAUUUUAUGAUGAUUACUACGACUCCGACUUCUCGGAUUUUGGUUACAUGGACUAUAGCGAUGAUGAAAGCUUCGAUGGAAUGUGGGACGAAGAUGAUAUAGAGCUCAGGAUUUAUGAAAGCGCCGAUAAUAUGUAUGAAUUCGGCUGGCCUCCGUCUCCUUAGUUGUAGGCUUAUAGCUAUGUAAUGUAUUUGUACUAUUUCACACCUUGUGAAAAUUCUGAAGUAUCUAUAUAUCCUCUAUGUCUUAGUAUUUGUAUGGCUUGGUUUAUGCAGCCAUUAUGUGGAUCUAUAUAUGCUUUAAUAUGAAUGAAGUAUUGCUGUUUGUAUAUUA